CGCUCUCGGUUGCCCUUCCCACUGAAGACUGUCAAACAGACACGCAGUACAUUAGAGUUUUUAUAACUAUAAGGAUCUUGUAACAGCGUUGAGGAUCAAUCCAAAUUUCAUCUCAACUGUUCGUGGAUCAUUGUUGUUAUUAAUGAAAGGCCGCAGCUGAAAUGCUUGACGCGCUGUUAACGCCUGUCAGACGCUUUCCGUGGGCGACCAAUGUGACCCUGUACGGGUGCCUGUUCGCGGGCGGCGAUCUCGUGCACCAGCACUUCUCUCGUAAAGAACAGGUGGACUGGUCGCACACGAGAAACGUGGCCGUGGUCGCGUUCAGCUUUCACGGCAACUUCAAUUUCUUCUGGAUGCGGUUCCUGGAGCGACGCUUCCCCGGUAACGCGUUGCGAGCGGUGAUGCAGAAGCUCGUGCUGGACCAGACGCUCGCCGCGCCGCUCGCCAUCAGCGCCUUCUACACAGGUGUGAGUUUCAUGGAGGGCAGAGAUGAGAUCCUGCAGGACUGGAAGGAGAAAUUCCUCAACACGUACAAGACCGGGCUGAUGUACUGGCCGUUCAUGCAGUUCCUGAACUUCUCCCUGGUCCCGGCGCUGAUCCGCACGAUGUUCUCCGGCUGCUGCGUGUUCAUCUGGGCCUGGUUCCUCUGCUUCUCCCAGCGGAGCGGAGACGGGACCGUCACGCCAGCGCUGGACUGGAUCAGAGCCGGCCCGCGCAGACCAGAACCACCCGUCUCAGGGAAGAGCGGCGGAGAAUGA